AUGUCUUUCGUAGAUACGAAGAAUGCAGUCCAAACUUGUGUUCUGUCGAAAAGGUGGAUUGAUACUUGGAAAUCUCUACCUUUUCUAAAAUUCGAUAGGGAUUCAUUUUCAGAAGACAGAACAGAUAGUUUCAUAAUGUUUGCAGACAUGGUAUUGCUUUCUCUCAGAGAGGACUUUGAUAUUCAGAAGUUUACUGUGCAUUGGAAGAACUCCGCAUAUGAUGAUUCCGUGAUGAUGAAUGUUAUUAGAUGGAGCCUUACUGCGGUUGAGUAUAAUGUUGUAGAUUUAAGUAAACAGAUCGAUCAACUGCAUAUUACGGCGUACGAAAUUCCUCAUCGUCUCCUUAAUUGCAGAUCACUAAAAAAAUUGAUAAUAUCCGCGCACGGUAAUGCCAGAUAUGUAGAUAUUGUUUUACCAGGGUCAAUGAGUUUACCUCAGCUUAAGUUAUUGUUCUUAAUUGGAUUAGCAAUCUCCGAUGUAGAAUCAUCUAAAAGGCUCUUUUCAAGUUGUCCAGUUCUUGAAACUUUAUUUAUAAGUAAUUUUGACAUACAGACUGAUAAUGCAAGGAAGUUGAUUGUUGAUUCUCUCAGCCUUAAGAAGUUUGAGUUUUAUGAUCAUCGUAGAGGUCGUUUGCCACAAUAUGAUACUACAGCUAUCAUUAUCAAGUUAUGUGCUCCGAAUCUGGAAGAGUUCAAUUUCAGAUCUUUGUUUACAAUUAAUUAUUGUCUAGAAAACUGUUCUCCACUGUCCAGGGCAUAUUUUGACAUGACACUCAGAAAACAGAAACGAAAUGAGAAUACAGAAACAUAUGAAAGUCUUCACCGGAGAAAAUUCUAUAUGCUAAACGUUCUCGCACAAACUCCUGACUUAGUAGACUGUCGUCAACCACCUCGCUUGAAUAAUCUACAAUGUUUGAUACUGGAAAUGUGGUCUACAGGAGGUUGCUUGCGGGCUGUAGCAUACUUACUCAAGAUUUCUCCUAGUAUAACUCAUUUGGUUCUUGAAUCGAUGGAGUCAAAUUUAGGGAACAUUGAAGAUGAUUGGGAAGCAGGAUUGAUAUUGCCAGGAAAGUUGUCACACCUCAAGCUUAUCCGGAUUAAUGAUGCGGAAGAAUGUGAUGCGGAGCUCGAACUUUUGAGUUUUUUAUUCAAAAAUGCAAAGGUUUUGGAAAAAGUUGUUGUAUGCUUUGGUUCUAGUGUUGGCUCACCUGAUAGAGUAACACAAGUUAAGCAAUUUCAGGAUAAGUUAAGAGCACUGCCAAGAUCUAGUAGUGUUAGGUUGCUUCCUUUUGUUUUUCUUUUGUCUGCUGGCAAUGUCUUCAUCUGUGAAAAAGAAUGA